UGUGUGUGUGGGGUGGGGUGGGGGGGGGACAAAAGAUUGUAGUGCAAAGUAACUGCUGAUCCCGCCUGAAAGUAAAGUGAAGCAGCACUGCGGGCGAUGAUGGAGGCUGGAGGCAGUGGCUGCAGUUUGCUGACUGGCGCCGGUAAAGCUCCCAAACACUUGUGGAGACAACCCAGAGCUCACAUCAAGGUGAAGCAGCGCGGCUUCUCGGACACAGACAAGUACCUGCUGCACCGCGCCAUGCAGAGCUACGCCAUGGACACGGGGGACAGACCCGGCCUCAAGAAGUCCAGGAUGUCCUGGCCCUCCUCGUUCCAGGGCUUCAGACGGUAAGUAACACAACUAAAAUGAAAGAAGUGAAAGAUCUUGGUAAGAUUAACUGUUUCAUUUUUAAUAAUAUUUAAAAUUGUUCCCAGAGGAAUU